CCCGAGGGCCACCUCGGGCGCUCUCUGGAGAAGAAAGGGGUGCGCGAGCAAGUUCAAAGCGGGCCCCGCCUGCCUGCAGGGCCCGGCGGGGAGCGGGGCGGGGCGGGGCGGGCGCCGGGAGGGAGGCGGGGCGGGCGCGCGGUUGCUAAGCCGGCGCCCCCGGAGACGUUCCCCGUGGCUGUCGCCCGGCGCAGCACAGGGCGGGCGGCGGGAGGGAAGGAGAAGAGGAGGCGGCGCGGGUUCCUCGCCGCUCGCGCCGCGCCCGCCCUGCCGUCGAGCCGCGGUCCCGAGUCCGGGCCUCCGAGCCAUGCCCGCCGCCGCGCCCGCCCCGCGCCCGCCGCCGCCGCCUCCCGGCCGGCCAGCCCCCGGCUGCCCCACUCGGCCCGCCCCGGGACAUCGAGGUCUCUGUGAACAUUCUCUAAAAUGUUUAAGCUCGAGAAUCAUGGAGCGGAAGCUGCAGGGCACCUGGCUGCCUGCUGGCCGAGGAGGCCUGGAGAAACCAUCCCUGGGGUCACGCAGCUCUGCGGUGCCUGCAUUCAGCCCCCAGAGUGGCCUUCACCCCAUCCACGCUGAGAACAGCCAGCUGAAGCCCAGGGUCGUGACCGUGGUCAAGGUGGGCGGCCACCCCCUCCGCAAGAUCACCCUGCUCCUCAACAGGCGGUCCGUGCAGACCUUUGAGCAGCUCUUGGCCGACGUCUCAGAGGCCCUGGGCUUUCCCAGGUGGAAGAGUGACCGCGUGAGGAAGCUGUUCAACCUCAAAGGCCGGGAAAUCAGGAGUGUGUCUGAUUUCUUCAGGGAAGGAGAUGCUUUCAUAGCGGUGGGCAAAGAGCCGCUGACGCUGAAGAACAUCCAGGUGGCUAUGGAGGAACUGUACCCCAGCAAAGCCUGGGCCCUGACUUUGACCCAGCAGCACAGCCAGAUCCCCUCUCCAAGGCUGAGAAGCAGACUUUACAGCAAGGCUGUGAAAGGGGGUCCCCCCUGUGGGGAGACCGAGACUACCAAUAGCAGCGGUGAGGCUGCCAGGUCCCCGGCGGCCAUCAGACCCCAGGGGCAGACCCCCGGGGAGGACAGGGCCAGGACCCCGAAGAAGUGGGGCAGAGGGAAGUGGGAGCCCGAAUCUGGCAGCAAGGCGCCCAAGGAUGCCACCCUGGAGAGGCGUGCCAGUGGAGAGAAGCACCUGGCAGUGGAGAUCGAAAAGACAUCGGGGGAAUUGAUCAGGUGUGAAAAAUGUAAGCGGGAGAGAGAGCUCCAGAGAGAGCAGGGCCUGCAGAGGGAGCGACUGUCCCUGGGCACCAGCGAGCUGGACCUGGGCAGGUGCCCCCGCUACGACGUGGAGAGGCUGGUGAGGACCAGGAGCUGCCGGAGGUCCCCGGAGGAGAAGCCCCAGGGUGGGGAGGAAGGCUGGAAGGAGGGUCCCCGGAGCAGUCCUGGACACCCCCCGCAGGAACCAAGGAGACCCAGCAAAAGCGUCGACAAGAAAGAGGACAGAGACCCCGGAGGCCAGGAGGGUCAUCCCCCUGCUGCAGCCAAGGCCAAGAGGGACGUUUUCGUUGGGGAAACGCAGCUCCGCCGAGAGGAGAAAGAUGGCAGGAACGCAGGCAGGAGCAAGCCGGGAGGCUGGCUCCGGAGGGAGCAUCACGCCGACCUGGAUCCGGAGAAGCUCCGCAGGACCCGAGGGGACGAGCAGGAGGCGGAGAAGGAGAAGAAGCCCGGGGUGUCCGGAGCGAGGAGGAUGAUGGUUCCCCGCGAUGAGCCGCCAGCCAGAAUCGAAAAGGAGCCCAAGACGAGGCCGGAGGAGAGCAAGGCGGAGCGGCCGGGCCGGAGGCGGCGGCCCGCGGGCAUCCUGGCGGCCGACGUGCGGAAGCACUACGAGCCGGGCCGGGUGAUCGGCGACGGGAACUUUGCGGUGGUGAAGGAGUGCAGGCACCGAGGCACCCGGCAGGCCUACGCCAUGAAGAUCAUCGACAAGGCCAAGCUCAAGGGGAAGGAGGACAUGGUGGACAGCGAGAUCCUCAUCAUCCAGAGCCUCUCUCACCCCAACAUCGUCAAACUGCACGAAGUGUACGAAACGGACGCCGAGAUCUACCUGAUCAUGGAGUACGUGCAGGGAGGGGACCUGUUCGACGCCAUCAUCGAAAGUGUGAAGUUCCCCGAGCGCGAGGCCGCCAUCAUGCUCAUGGACUUGUGCAAGGCGCUGGUGCACUUGCACGACAAGAGGAUCGUCCACCGGGACCUCAAGCCGGAGAAUCUGCUGGUUCAGCGAAAUGAGGACAAAUCUACCACCUUGAAACUGGCUGAUUUUGGUCUUGCAAAGCAUGUGGUGAGGCCUAUAUUUACUGUGUGUGGGACUCCAACUUAUGUAGCUCCUGAAAUCCUCUCUGAGAAAGGUUACGGGCUGGAGGUGGACAUGUGGGCCGCGGGCGUGAUCCUCUACAUCCUCUUGUGUGGCUUCCCCCCAUUCCGCAGCCCAGAGAGGGACCAGGAGGAGCUCUUUAACAUCAUCCAGCUCGGCCGCUUCGAGUUCCUGGCUCCUUACUGGGACAAUAUCUCUGAUGCUGCCAAAGAUCUGGUGAGCCGGUUGCUGGUGGUAGACCCCAAAAAGCGCUACACGGCCCACCAGGUCCUUCAGCAUCCCUGGCUUGAAGCUGCCGGAAAGACCAGCAGGGCAAACCUCCAGAAGGAGGUGCCCCCCAGCAGCGAGGACCACUUCCGGAGCUAGCACAAGUGGGCUGCAAAGCAGAUGUCACAGUCACAGCAUCUACCCAGUCCUCCGUGGUCCUGCUUGGGGACAGAGAAGAAGAUAGACAUCGAGGAGAAAAACAAUGAAAAAGGCUUCUUCACAUAAUUGGAGAAUCAAGGGAAGGAGUGAAGACCCUCAGUAUAUUUUAAAGCGUAUUUAAAAAGAUAAACUUGAGUCUUAAUGUUAAAUGUUGUAACAUAUGUUUAGGUUUUUAGAUUUGAAGUCUUUAAUACGUUGUGGGAGGUGGGGUGGGGAGACUUAUUCUCAGUGAGGAAUUUUUUGGUAAUAAUGAUUUGUGUUUUGCUUCUUCCUUAUAAUCAAGUUCGUAGUAUAUAUUAUGCGAGUGGUGCUUACCAGGGUUUAAACUCCCCCUGUGAAAUUAAUCAUCCGAAUUGUAGUCCUUCCUCAUUAAUAAAAUGUGCUCUGGAUAACUGAA